AAUACACACAAGCCUAGGAUCACUACCAUCCCAACUCCUCAAAUUCCCAAGUAACAAGCUUAUUUCCUUCAAGUUUUCUAAAAACAUCUUGUUCAUUUUCACUUCUUCAUUGUUCCUUUAGACACUCUUAUUAUUACAAUCAUGGGUUUCCGGUUUGCCACCUUAGUUCAUGCCAAGCAACUCAUUCAGAGGCCUUUCUCAAGCACCAAAGGUGUACCAAAAGGAUUUUUAGCAGUUUAUGUUGGUGGUGAAAGCAACUUGAAUAGAUUUGUGAUUCCAGUGGCAUACUUGAACCAACCUUCAUUCCAAGACUUUCUAAGUCAAGCUGAAGAGAAGUUCGGAUUUGAUCAUCCAAUGGGAGCUCUUACAAUUCCGUGCUCUGAAGAUUCCUUCAUCGAUCUUAUUUCUCGCUUAAGCUCCUAAUCAUAUGAAUUUAGACACCAAUAGAUGAUAACAACAGCUAACCAAAUUUAAUGUUCUAACAAUUUUUUAGGCAAACAAUGCCUAUAUUUCUUGUAAAUAUUUUUUUUUCUUGGGAUUUAACAAAUAAUGUUGUCCCCAAGAAUGAUAUUAAGAAAUUUUCUUACAUGAAUUUUAUGUGAUUAGAACCUUUUUUUUAUUAA